AUGGCCGGGGCCCCGCUGCUGGAGGCGCUGGGCCGCUUGUGGCAGGUGCAGGCCCAGCUCGGCAGCGGUGCCUCCGCCUCCGUCUUCCGCGUGAGCUGCUGCGGGGACCCGCGCGCUCUGCUCGGCGCCGUCAAGGAGUUCGUGCCCCCGGCGCGGCCCGGGCCUGCCGCCCGCAGCGCCCCGGAGUACGGCUUCGGCAAGGAGCGCGCCGCGCUGGAGCAGCUGCGGGGCCACCGCAACAUCGUGACGCUGUACGGCGUGUUCACCAACCACUUCUCUGCAAAUGGCCCUUCUCGCUGCCUCCUGCUGGAGCUGCUGGACAUCAGUGUGUCAGAGCUGCUUCUCUACUCCAGCCAUCAGGGUUGCUCCAUGUGGAUGAUCCAGCACUGUGCCCGUGAUGUGUUAGAGGCCCUGUCUUUCCUUCACCACAAAGGCUAUGUGCAUGCAGACCUCAAGCCACGCAACAUCCUGUGGAGCGCAGAGGAAGAGUGCUUUAAACUCAUUGACUUUGGGCUUAGCUUCAAAGAGGGGUAUCAGGAUGUGAAAUACAUUCAGACAGACGGGUAUCGGGCUCCAGAGGCAGAGCUGCAGAACUGCCUGGCUCAGGCAGGGCUCCAGAGUGAAACGGAAUGUACCUCUGCUGUAGAUCUGUGGAGUCUAGGAAUCGUUUUACUGGAAAUGUUCUCAGGAAUGAAACUGAAACAUACUGUCCAAUCUCAGGAAUGGAAGACAAACAGUUCUGCCAUCAUUGAUCACAUUUUUGCCAGUGAAGGUGUGGUAAAUUCAGCCAUCCCAGCCUAUCACCUCAGAGACCUUAUCAAGAGCAUGCUUCAUGAUGACCAAGCGAAAAGAGCCACUGCUGCAAAGGCCCUGUGCAGCCCCUUCUUCAGCAUUCCCUUCGCUCCCCAUAUUGAAGAUCUGGUGAUGCUUCCAACUCCAGUGCUAAGGCUGCUCAAUGUCUUGAGUGAUGCUUCUCUUCAGAGUGAAGAAGAAUAUGAAGAUGUGCUGGAAGACAUAAGAGAGGAGUGUCAGAAAUACGGCCCGGUGGUUUCCAUGCUUGUUCCAAAGGAGAAUCCUGGCAAAGGCCAAGUCUUCGUUGAAUAUGCAAAUGCUGGUGAUUCCAAAGCUGCCCAGAAAUUGCUCACUGGAAGGAUGUUUGAUGGCAAGUUUGUUGUGGCUACGUUUUACCCCCUGAGUGCCUAUAAGAGAGGGUAUCUGUACCAAACAUUGCUCUAG